UUAUUGGGGAAAAAAAGAAGAAAUAACACUCAACUUUACUCUUUUCUCAUCUCUUUCGUUCACUCUUCCUAGUUCCUACUACCCAAAAUCUCCGAACUCCAACUUCUCCUUCUUUUCUCAAAUCACCUGAUUCCCUCUAUACUACUUUGAAUUCUUUGAGAUCCGGCUACCAAAUAGAGAGGCAAAAGAAAAUUUUGUCCCGAAGGAGAUUAGAGAAAGCUUGGUUAUGGCGGUGGAGAUUUGGGAUCUCAGGAAUCCAACGAGGAUUUGAUGUAAAUCCUUGAUUUCUAGCAUCGAUUUGGCAACUCUUUCUCGUUUCCAGGAUGAUAUGAAAAAUUCCUUGAGAGCAAUGAGUGAGUUCUGCUUGGCAACGAUUCUGUUGUCGUUCAAUUUCAAGUACUAGAACAGAGCUCUGAUCGAUUUUGGCGAAACGAGAAGACUGCAAGAUGCUGCGACUUCUCCCCCGUUGUUGCAGCUACUCACCUAAACAUCCCGCUCAUCGACCUCAGUAGCUCCUCCAGAACCACCGCCCGCUUCUCUACAGAUUUUCUCACCAAUUCAUCGAACGCGGCGACGAGCACACCGGCGGCGCCAUUGGACAUGGUGGAAAUCCGGUUCCGCCGGCUCACUCUCCCAGCUGUUGAGCUUCCUCAAACACGUGGCGUCAGAUCCUCUCAACUCCGAAUGCACAAUCAUGAAUCAUCCUCAUCAGAUCGCCGAGGAGAGCAGCAGCACGAGAAGAAGCUUCACAACGUUGGUGAUUUCUUUUCCCCAGCUCAGAUCUGUCUUUUUUUACUUAGGGUGUUUUCAUCUUGCAUUUCCUUUUUGUUUUGAAAGGUCAAACACCAAGGAAGCCUCAUUGCUGGAGGCCUAGAAGGGUGGCUCCAUGAGAAGUUUGUCACUAUCAGAAGAUUUCUGGUUUCUUUAUCCCUGUUGCCAACUUGGUUCGACUGGUAAAAGCGAUCACCCAAGAUUAUAGCCAGGAAGUGAACUGCUGGAAACUUGAAGGUAUCGUGGCUCUUCAAGAGGAAGCAGAGGAUUUCUUGGUCCACUUAUUUAAAGGUGGGAUGCUAUGUGCAGCUCAUGCCAAACGUGUUACAUUGAGUGAGGUUAUCUCGACCCCUGUUGCAGUUUAUCCCGAGCCUGAUCUUUUAUGGAGCUAUGCAGCCUGUUCUACUUACCUGUCAUUACUAGAAAACAAGAUCAAAGCUUCGACCAAUACUAUAGUGGCUUAAUUUGAGAUGGAAGGCACUUUCAGAAUUUUUGUGACUCCUUCCUUGCAGGUUUUGGCACCUCAAUUUUGGCAUUAUGAGCUAUAGACUUCACACUAUAGAGGCAAAGUAAAAAAGAUCUUAUGUCUGCAUAUUCAGUACUUAUUUCUUCGCAUGUAAUCGAUGUAGUGCUUAAAAUUAAACAUUGUUCUCUCUUUUUCCACCUAAGCUUAUUGUUUGACAUUGUUUUUGAAUUCAUUACAGUCAAUUACUCGUAUUUGAGUAAAAUUAUUAGAGUUUGCACAUAUUUUACAUUUGUACAACCAAGAGGGUGAAGCACGUGACUUUCUGUUCAUUGCCAUCGAAAGAUACAAAUUAUGCGUUCUUCAGUGGGUGUGGAAGCAUCAGAGCGGUGUCUCCAUCUUGUUGUAAGAGAAAAAUUGAGUCCCACAAGGGAUGUGCGAAAUGGGAAGUCACAUGACGAACCACGCGCUCGUUUCUUCUCUGUUAGAGUGGUGUCCCCAUCUUCUCCUACCUCCGUCCCCGAGCCAGAAAAUUAAUUCAAUGUAGUCUAAGUGGAUUGAAGGUGAACGAAGAUGGCAGCAAACAACUUGAACAACGGGAUUAACUACUUUAUGAACACUACGAAUGUUAAAGCUGAACUUGGCAACUUUCAAGUACAAGAAAGUAAAGGUGCAAAGUAUGUGAGAAACUCUUACUUUUUCAAGCUUGAUGAGAGAAAGGAAUUCACACAUCAGGUUACAAAGGAUCUAUUUAUUUACAAUGAAAUGGGAUCUCAGCCAAUUAUCAGCAGUGGGGGCAGCAUGCAAUUACUUUGUCUCAGCAGCAAUUACUUUGUCUCACCAGCUGACAGCUGUAAUUUCCUUCAGAACUACUAUGUCAGUCCCCUCCUCAACAAAGUUUAUAAUCUUGACCAGUAUGGCUCUUUCCUUGUCAGCUUAUUCAACACUUUUGUCAAGGGAAGCUGCACCUGGACUAUGGCUUAGUUCAUGAUUAUUUCAUCAGUGAGUACAAGGAAGCUAGGGAAAAAGCGAACGAAGGAAAGAGGAACGAUUAUCAAAGGAGAAAGGCAUACCUCAACAAAUGCGCGAAUUAAUGGAAUUCUACAAAAAAAACACAGGUUUCGAAGCUUUCAGCCAACCAAUUCAUGUAAUUGUGAUUUUUGGAAUAGGGGGUUGAUUCUUAGUGAUAAUAUUGUGUAAUUGUGAUUUUGGUUACUAAAAAAUAAAUUAUGUAAUUACAAUUUUGGUUACUAUACAAUUUUGUUAUAUAAUACAAUUUUGUAUUAUCAUUCUAUUUAAUUUUUAAUAUUUUAAUUUAGUGACCAAAAUCUCAUUG